AUGUUUGAACAAUACUAUGAUAAUAAUGAUGGAAAAAAUAAUGAAGAAGUAAGAAUUGAUAAAGAAACAACUCAGAGAUUGUAUAAAAUAUUAGUUAUUGGAGAUCCCGGAACAGGAAAAUCAAGUAUAAUUAGACAAUUUGUUCAAAAUACAUAUACACAAUAUUACAAAGCAACUGUUGGUGUUGAUUUUGCUACUAAAAUUCUUAUGCAUGAAGAUGGUACUUUAUUAAGAUUACAGUUAUGGGAUGUUUCUGGACAAGAUAGAUUUAGUAAUUUAACAAGAGUCUACUUUAAAGAUGCUCAUGGAGCAAUUGUAGUGACAGAUUGUUUAAGGAAUAGCACCAUGGAUGGUGGUUUAAAAUGGAAAAAUGAUUUAGAUAAUAAAAUAAGACUAGCUGAUGGAAAUUUGAUACCAACAAUAUGUGUAGCAAACAAAUGUGAUGUAAAAAGAGAUUUAAAUGAAGAAAAAUUUGAUAAAUUUUGUAGAGAAAAUAAUUUUUGCAAAGGAAUGAUAUGUAGUGCUAAAGAAAACAUUGGUAUUGAAAAUGUUUUUAGAGAGCUUUCAACAAUGAUUUUAGAUAUUGACAAAAAAGGAUUGUAUGAAAUACCAGCAUAUUUAAGAGAUUCUAACACAUAUCGUCUUUCUGAUUUGUCAUCUGAAAUUUAUCAACGUAUUGAUAAAAAAAAUACUAAACCAAAUGGCUUUAUCAAAACAUUUUGUUGUCAAUAG